AUGGUAUUGACGCACGAGACCCGCUACGUCUACCCCUUCCACUGGGACGUCGUCACGCGCGCGUUCUGGAACAAGUACCCGAACGAGCGGCUCGCCCAUGUCGAGCGUGUGGAUGUGCUGGACCGGCAGCUGGACGCGCAGGGACGACUGGUGACGACGCGACUGGCCAAAGUGACGCAAACGAACGUCCCCCAAUGGGUCCGCUCGGCUCUCAACGAUGAGCACAAGACGUUGUACGAAGCCGAGGCCAAAGUCACUGCUUUCGUGCCGCUAGUGGGUCGUAAACUCGAGAGCUUCUCGGCCAGUCGAGGUGCUGACACGGCGGCCAAAGGCAUUCGAGUUGUUGAAGAGAUUUGCAACGACAUUUUCCAAGGCACCUUCCAGCCGGCUUUCUGUGAGGCCAUGAGAGGCGCCGCUACGGCCUCGGUGGCUGCACACACGACACGAGAGAUGGUGAUUGCAGGGACACAGGAUGCAGACAAACCGUAG